AUGGAUGAAGAAAAACAGCGUGUAAUGGAAGCAGAACGUCGCGAAAUCGAAGAAACAGAGAAGCGAUUGAAUGAUCUGGGGACUGUUUUGAAUUCUGAAGACGACGAUGACGAGUCUGCUUUGAACUCCGACGAUGAGACUGAGGACAUCGAGGGUAAAGCAUGGUUUGAAGUUGGAGAGCACUACGUCGAUAAAGAGGAUAUGUGGAGCAAAACUUUUGGAGACUGCAAACACUGUUGCUCUGAAAAGGAGUAUCUGGAGCAGACACAAAACGAGGACGACAAAAAUCAUCUGCUCCGUUUGCGUGGUGGUGGUGACAACGAAGAUGACGAGGAUUUGCCUUCAUACUCCGACUCCGACGAGGACGAUUUGAUUUGCCCACGUUGCGGUAAAAUCGCAAACGUUCCCAACAGAAUGGGUCAAUUGUGCCCUUCGUCUCAAGAUUGUGGACAGAUGAUUUGUCGUGCUUGUCUUGACGACAUGACCCAUUCUAGAGAGAUGUUCUGUCCCCCAUGUUGGCAACGCAACUUAGAUCUAGACUUCAGACCAUCAUCUUAUGAGGAGUAUUCACAGGCACGCAGCAAAAAGGAGAAACCGAAAGACACCGCGGUCUUCUUUGUGCCUGCGGACAAGCGCUCGUACAUGAGCUGCAUGCCGCCGUUCUUACAAAACUCCUCCUUGUUGUCCAUCGUAAUCCCUUGCUCUAUGCCCGGAAUGCACCGAUGUCCGGUCCCUGGAGUGGGUCCAGGAGUCGGAACGGUUCGCGGAGUGGGCGGAGGCCGGGGAGGAACCAGGUUCCCAUGGCCAAGAAUUUCUAAGUAUCCAUGA